AUGCCGCCUGUCAAUAGAACGCAGAAGAUGAAUAUCGUCGAGCUCCAGCGCAUGAACAUCCUGGAUCUCCAAGAGCUGGCCAAGGAAUUGGAAGUUGUAGAUUGCAUUUCUCUGCGCAAGCAGGAGCUGAUUUUCUCCAUCCUCAAGCACCAGACCGAGCGCAGUGGGCUGAUCUUUGCCCAAGGCACUUUGGAGGUGCUGGAAGAGGGAUUUGGCUUUCUCCGCUCGCCGAGCUACAACUACUUGCCUGGCCCCGACGACAUUUACGUUUCCCACUCGCAGAUUAAGCGAUUCAGUCUGCGCACGGGCGAUACGAUUUCCGGCCAGAUCCGCCCACCAAAAAACGACGAGAAGUACUUUGCGCUGCUGCGAGUCGAGGCGAUCAACUUCGACGAUCCAGAAGUCACCAAGAGCAAGACGAUCUUCGAGAACCUGACGGCCUUGCAUCCCACGGAUCGCUUCAAGUUAGAGCACCAUCCCAAGGAUAUGACGACGCGGAUUCUCGACUUGCUCUCGCCCAUCGGCAAGGGGCAGCGCGGCCUAAUCGUCGCGCCGCCCUUCACCGGCAAGACCAUGCUGCUGCAAAAGGUCGCCAACGCCAUUACCACCAACCACCCCGAAGCGAUUCUCAUCGUCUUGCUCAUCGACGAGCGCCCCGAGGAAGUCACCGACAUGCUGCGUUCGGUUCAGGGCGAAGUCGUCAGUUCGACCUUUGACGAGUCGGCUACGCGGCACGUGCAGGUGGCGGAUAUGGUGAUCGAAAAGGCUCGGCGUCUGGUCGAGCACAAGCGGGAUGUGGUCGUCCUGCUCGACAGCAUCACGCGCUUGGCACGGGCCUACAAUACGGUGACGCCGCACUCGGGUCGGAUUCUCUCCGGCGGUGUUGACUCGACGGCUUUGCAGUGGCCGCGGCGCUUUUUCGCCGCCGCCCGCAAUCUCGAAGAAGGCGGCAGCCUGACGAUUAUCGCCACGGCCCUAAUCGAGACCGGGAGUCGCAUGGACGAAGUGAUCUUUGAAGAGUUCAAAGGCACGGGCAAUAUGCAGGUGCAGCUAGACCGCCGGCUGAGCAACCGCCGCGUCUAUCCGGCCGUUGACGUGACGGCGACGAGCACCCGCAAAGAAGAGCUACUGCUCACGGAGUUUGAGUUGAACCGCUCGUGGGUACUGCGCCGCAUCCUCAAUCAGAUGGGAGUCAUUGAGGGCAUGGAGUUCCUCCAAGAGCGCAUGCUGGGCACGGAAUCCAACGAGGAAUUUCUCAAGGCCAUGAACGACUAG